UCACUCACCCUCCUCCAGCCUACCCGCCAUGGCUGCCUCCACCAUGUCUGUCUGUUCUGACGCUCGCACCAACUCCUCCUGGCAGGUGGAUGACUGCCCAGAGAGCUGCUGUGAGCCCUGCUGCUGUGCCCCCAGCUGCUGCCAGCCAAGCUGCUGCCAGCCAAGCUGCUGUGUCCCCAGUUGCUGUGCCCCCAGCUGCUGUGUCCCCAGCUGCUGCCAGCCCAGCUGCUGUGCCCCAGCCCCCUGCCUGACCCUCAUCUGCACCCCAGUAAGCUGUGUGUCCAGCCCCUGCUGCCAAUCUUCCUGCUGCACACCCUCAUGCUGCCAGCAGUCUAGCUGCCAGCCAGCUUGCUGCACCUGCUCCCCCUGCCAGCCAUCCUGCUGUGUACCUGUCUGCUGCACUCCUGUCUGCUGCACACCUGUCUGCUGCAAGCCUGUGUGCUGCACACCCAUCUGCUCUGGCUCCUCCUCCUGCUGCCAGCCCUCCUGCUGUGCUCCUGUGUGCUGCAAGCCCUGCUCCAGCCUGUCCCUGCUGUGUCGCCCAGUGUGCAGACCUGCCUGCUGUGUGCCCACCUCCUCCUGCUGUGCCUCCUCCUGCCAGCCCAGCUGCUGUGGCCCAACCUCCUCUGUGUCCCUGCUGUGCCGCCCUGCCUGCUCCAGACAGGCCUGCUGUGGACAGAAGUCCAGCUGCUGAAGGCCUGUUCCUGGUGACAGCUGACUUAGGUCCUGGGGCUCCUCUCAGCUUUUCCAGUCUGACUCUGACCUGGGAUAGAAAAUCCACCCCCAAGAUGUAGCCUCCCAACUUGUCCCUUGUGACUUGAUCUCUCCUCCUGCUUCCUAGGAGGCCUGCUGAUCCUCUGGGACUCUGCCUUUCCUGUCCCUUUCUUCUGGUUGCUUGCCCC